AUGAGCUCGAGGACGCCAAUGGGUGUCCAGCCGCGACAGCCCCAACGAGGGCUCGGCUCGACGCUACAGGUCCAACGGCCUUCAAAUCAUCACCAACGAAGCAUAUCGUCUUCACAGCAACAAUAUCUACCAACAUCACCUGUCCGCCGAGAUGCCAACAAUGGCCUCGAUGCCAAUGCCGAACCCGCCGAGGCUCUGUCGGGUCGCCAUGUGUCCACACCAAGACGACAGGGCUCGAGAUUACGGCUCGAACUGUCCAACGAGCUCAUUGCCGCUGGGCCACCCUCAGCUACAGAAUCACCACAAACUCUCACGCCUUCGCGAAUGAUGCCUCUACCCGAUCCCAUGGAGACCGAUGGUAUGAGCCCAGCCUUGUCAAGGGCUUCACAACAAGAUAGCGACAAUCCACCCAUGCCAAUGCCUAAGCGACGACUGCCUCAAGCAUCGCAGACCGUACCUUCAACGCGCCCGGCUCCUCCACCACCCACUCCCGUCAAGAAGGAUGUGCGACCGAAGCCCUAUACGGUUGAAGUCCCGGCCGCGUCUCCUCGAUACGCAAACACCCACCGCAACGAGACCACCAGCCGAGAUCCAUUUAGCAAAAGCCUAUUUUCUGGCCACGCAGACUUCUUCCCCUGGUCGGGCAACCACCACGAGGAUGAGUGGAGUACUGAGGCUAUCCAAAAAGGCACUUGGGAUAGAGGCAGCCAAAAUGAGGCGUCUUCGGCACGAAUUGCCAUAUUCCCAGCCUUGAAACAGAAGACUGGCCUCAAUGCGCUGUCUACCAUAUUCAUGGGGGUGCUAAACCAGCGGAGAAUCCGUGGCCAAAUUACAGCACCGUCAACCUUUAAACCGCCGCCUCGAGUUACACUCACAGACACAAAGCGAGAGAUUUGGCUCAAAGAUUUAGCAAACCCGGCCAUAUCUCUAAGACGCCUUAGUCGAACUAUUCCGCAUGGUAUCCGGGGAAGGACGCUGCUCGAUCAGUGCCUAAACAAAGACGUACCUACAGAACGCGCAGUCUGGUUGGCCAAGUGUGUUGGUGCCAACGAGAUUAGAGCAUUCAAAAGAAAAGGAGCAAGCGGCGCCUUCGUCCUAGGAGGUGAAUUGAAAUGGAUUAGAGACUGGACUGUAUUUGUUGAGCAAUUUGUUGAAUCCAUUGUGUCUGGAUUUGGCGAGCCCGACUGGAAGUCAAAAGUGACAUACGCUAUUCGCCUCGCUACAUGUCUCUACUCUGAACAGCUACUCGAUCGCGACCACUACCUGGAAUGGAUUAUCUCGGGACUGGAAAACAGCCCACAGUCAAGAAUCCCUAUGUGGAUACUAAUUGGCCAAAUAUACUGGGCGGACAUUUUACAAUCUCGCAAAUGUGGCCGGCGCUUAGUGUUUGCCUUACUAAACCACUUAAAUACCAUCGAAAACGAUCCUGAUAGAGAUAUUCUCCUCCAAUUGUCUAGCCAGCUAUCCACGCUAUUAGUUUCCCUUCUCAAAACAAACCCCGAAAGUUUCAUUUGCCCUCCCGCGUGGCAGCGAUUUGGCGAGACAUUGAGACUUGCGUUACCGACGGAUGACUCUUUUGCUCAAGCCGCAUACAAUGUGGUGAAGCAACGAAACACGAGGCUUCUAGUUGCCAACACGACCUCACCACCAAGCGGUCGCCAGUACUUGGUGCAGUUGCUGGACUCAACUCUCCAGGGGCAAUGUGUCUCCGGACUGUCCACCAGAUGUUGGGCAUCGGCAGAUGAUAAACCGUCGAUAUUGAAGACAGUUGUAGAGUGGGCUACUUCUCUGCACCGCCCAGGGCUAGCCAAGGUAUAUGUGGCUGCUAGGCUCAUCAAAUCUUGGAGUAUAUUCAGAGUUAGCGCUACAUCGACAAUCCUUGAUGUUCUUGGUGACAUACCUUCCAACGACAAGAUUAGGAAGAGACUCAUUAUUCGACUGGUGGGGGAACUAGUGCGAUGCGGUCACUUCUCAGUCGCUCAGUACAUGCAAUGGCUCAUCGGUCGCGGUGGUCUGCAUGACGCUGACGAAAUCGACCCUGUGGAUGGCCCUUGUGCUUCCCGCCUCCUAGUUGAACUUCCUGUCGACUGUCUCCAUGAGGAACAGAACUCUCAAAGAGGCAGCCUGCUUCGACGCGCCGGACACUAUUCUGUUGGUGACGAGGCAAACGAUAUUACCUCGGCGCUGCAAUAUGUGGAUGGUGCACUCGGACUAUCAACAUACCUAAACGAUUCAGAGUCUCCUCGGAAGGCUUUGCCGCUGAAGAAGCUGCUACGAAGGAUUAUCAGCAGCAGUAGAGCUGUACAGAGUGCCAUUGGAUCUCACCUGUACGAAGUUGUGACGACUCAACUCCCUCACAAACCCGACUUCGUCAUGACUUUGGCUGUUUUCAGCUCAAUUCGCACAAUGAUGGAGACAAUUGAGGACUUUUCGAUGCUCUCAGGCAUUCUCAAGACUUGUUCAACUGGUCCUGAUGUAGACAUACUCGCAGCUUGCGUUGACACUGUUAACGCACAUCUAGACAUUUUUGUGGCGAUGGACUCUGCGGAAACUCUUUUCGAUAUGUAUAUUGAACGACUAAAGGCCAUGAGCCGAGACCAAGGAAUCAUUGUUCGCUCGCUACUUGCAUCUCUGUCGUCCUUGGCUGCACGACUACCCCAAAGGGAGGACCUUGCAAAACAGCUUGCCCAAGAACUAGCUCAGAACGAUCGGUCUAAUGCUAUUGAUGCCUGCUCCCCGGUAUCGGACAGUAUGGCAGCGCAAGCGCAAACAGCCGAGGGGGAGGUCUCGGAGCAAAUCGACAAGCUCCUCGCCAGCGGCAAUGUUAUCGAUCAUCCUACUAUGAACCGUCUCUUCCGAUAUGUCAUCCUGAGGUUGGAAUCUGGCUGGGGAAAACUAGACGAUAGCCGGCGCGUAUUUUCGUCGAUAUUAUCGCGAUUACGCAUGCUGGACGCUCCUCACUUUGACAAGCUAAUGGCUGACUGGGUCAGUCAUAUCAGAACUCUAAAGGAGCGGCCGUCGCUGCCAGAACUCUUUCCUCUUCUCGUCAGCUUUGGUUGUUUGUCAAUGGCGACAAUCCUCCAUACUGCCAACGCCAGUCCCACCAACUCAGACUCGGCUCCGGAUGCAGCUACCUCAAAGGCGGCCACGUAUUUGCAGGAACUCUUGCAACUUAUCAUUGUGAAGUUACCAGCAACCGCAUCACUUGAUUCAGAGGAAUCUUAUCGGUUCCAGAUCCACCAACAAAGCGCCAAGUUUGAGCAUGGCAAGGGUCUGCUGGCUUUAAUCCGGAACUCCCUCGUUGAGUACUCCGCUCUUCAGUCGUCUGCAAGAGUUGGUACCCUACCUCUUGAUGAUGUGGACUGCCAGGAUCGUCUUUUGGAGACCAUGAGACUGUUGGUUGUGGCAGAUUCAGCAAAUGUGGCAGACGUGUUGAGCAUGAAUACGCUCCCUCCCGGAGCAACAUCCUUGGCCCACAAGAUUGUCACCAGGCUCUUAUUGCCUGAAGCUGAUGCUGACCAAAACCCGUCAUUUAACCAGAUUCUCUCUCUUGCGAACGAGCUCACCAUUCCUUUCUGCCAGCUGAAACUCAAUCUAGAUCUGUCUAUGAGUCUGCCCAGUGCAUCUGCAUCUGCUGGCGAGGAGGGAGAGCCUUCACGAUUUGAAGCGUUUGCAAAAGCUAUGGACAAUGCCAUUGAGUCACAAAACAUAAUGUGGACAAGCAUGCUGCCAUGUCUCAGCGAUGACAUCACCCAAAGCCUAAACACAGAGGCCCAUACAAGGUUUUUGGACUUGAUGCCGUCAAGUAAAUCAGAGUCCGUGUCUACCGAUACGACGGACGAGAACCGCAUCCAUUUGGCGGAAAAUCUGCUUGGAGUCAUUGAGGCGAUUAUUUCGGGCCAGCCGCCGUCAAAGUCGGCCUCACUUACAAGCAACUUGGUUGACAAACUGUCUGAGCUCUGGGAGAUCAUCGCGGUGCAAGAUGAGGACCGGGCGAUGGCUAAGAAGGAGGUCUUGGAGCACUGGCUCCCUACGCUGCUACGAUUCAUCACCUUGCACAGCAUUUCUGCAGAACCAGCAAGCAUUGCAACGCCAGGGCCAGCCAGCUCAGUCAAGCCAACGACAACUGCAAACCACGAAGCACGAGCUCGCAUUAUUCUGGUUUUGUGCGGUCUCAUGUUGGAAAUGGAGACGUUGCCGCAGGAACUGACGGGAUCUCUUGUUCAACAGAUAUUCGACAUUGCGAUCCUCCUGGUAGACGCUCUUCCAGACGACUUGCGAACACAAUGCGCCAAAUCAGUCCUCUUUCUGUCCGGUACCACAGCAAACGCAAGUACCACGUCAGACCCUCGCAUGUACUACCUGUUCAGCACGCCACAUCCAACAGCUGCAGAGAAUCUGAAGCUCGCACACCGCGACAAGGCUGCAAUGCCAUUAACGGCUGCAGUCCGUGGCAUGGGAGCCAUGUAUGGUAUUGGGCCGAUGUCAAACGAAAGACUCAGUCCGUUUGUGCUUCGUCGAUGGGAGAUUCUCAGCGAACCAACCCCCAAUGUAGGCGAAAACGACACCAGCCUCAGCUUAGGCUUGUUUGAAGCAAUCAAGAUUCAAUGA